AUGGAGCUGGUUUUCGAGGAGACACUUAAUGUGGACCCCAUCAUCCCUUAUAUAGGCCUCAUGCUGGACCCAGAAGACUACUGUCUGCACUCAUGUUGCACUUCCAAAAUCAGAGAAGGAAAACAUGGUAGUCAAUGCCAAUCCAAAGUGCAAAGGGUCUCAGGAAAACGCACCAGUUUCUCCUCGAGCCAUGAACAGAGCCAGUUCCGGAUGUCUGAUUUGUCCUGGAAGGAUUUUACCAAUGCCUUAUCCUUGGCCAACAUGGUCCUGGGGAUCUUCUCUAUCUUCUGUAGCUUCAGCAGGAAAUACCACUGUGCUUCCUGGAUGCUUCUGAUCAGCUUCCUGUUGGAUAUGGCGAUAGGGACGAUGGCCAGACAACUCAGCAUCUCCUGCAGGUUGGGAGCGGAACUGAAUGACUUUGCUGUCUUCACCUCUUUCGGUUUGGCCUCAGCUCUGCUCCUUGGCGUGGAGGGGCCUCUCAAUGGGUUCCUGGCCAUCAUCUAUGUGUUAACCACUUCUUUCCGCCUGUGUUUUUAUUCAUCUGGAGGGAUUCCCUUCUCAUACAGGGGUCUACCGUGCCCCUAUGCUUCCUGUGUUUUGGCUUCCACCUCCCUUCUGACCAAAGGCAACACAUUUAUUCUAUGCUGCAUGGCCUCACUCAUGAUUCUGUUCAUGAUCGACCAGAGCUACUAUCCACGUGAUGAAAUCUUGGAAUCUGAGAACUGGAAAAAAAUGGUCUAUAUUGGAGGUAUCAUCAUGCUGUUUUUCUUCCCAUUCUCUCUCACUGCUUUUUACUGCCUGGUGUGGUCGCUCUCCUACAUCUUCUUCCCUGAUUCCCUGUGGGGAAAGGCACCCUGUUCUGGGCUCUAG